UUUUACCAUAUAAGUUGAUAUUUCUCUCAAACUUAAUUCAAUGCAAGAAUGUUGGUAGUUAUAUUUUCUGGUGACUGAAGUUUGAACAUUGAAUGUUUGUAUGACAGGCCAACAAAAUUGCCAAUAAGAAAGGGCACAGAUAAAUAUAUUAAGGUUUGGUCCAAAAGCAUUGGACAUCAAAAGAGUAAGUAAUGGAGGGGGACCAAAGCUCGUGAAGUUGGUCACAUGUUGCCUUAGACUGGCUUGAAACUCCGAAACUCAGUCAUGAAUAAUGAACAUACCUCUCAUGUUCUUUGAAUCAAAAUGUCAGUUGGAGUGUUGAAGGGUUCCUUGUACAUUCACAAGGGAUAGCACACAACUUGAGCAAUUCAAAAUUUCCCUUUUACCUUUAAAUGUAAUCCAUCUUUGCUACAUUAAAGGAAAAAACUACAGAUAAAUCAAACUAUCGGACCAGCUCAAGUCCUUGGCUUGUCUUUUUAUUAUUGGAUCAUCACAAUCUCAACACGAUAAUUUUAAAGUAAACCAAAUAUAUAAAUCAGGAAAAGACAAUUCCAAGUAGGUUAAUUUUAUUUGGCUAGGAAUCUAAUUCUUUUUUUUUUUUUUGGGUGAAAGCUAGGAUUCUAAUUCGAUGCCCCAAUGCAAUCCUUAUCGGUUAGGCUAAGCAUCGAACUCAUGUGACAACUUCCAUAAAGUAAGACUGAGGUUAGGUUAUAAAUUUGCCUCAAAAUCAGACACACUCUUCACUUCCUACAAUUCCUUCUUCCCUUUCCCACUUUCCUCGGUCCCUCCCUUCAGUUUCCAACAAUUUCACUUUCUCAGGGAAAAGGAAGUUAACUUUGUGGUGCAAAGGGUUGGUUAUAAGACUGAGACUCAGUUAAGUGAUAUAAUGGAGUCAGGGAAGGAAUUUCAAGAACUUAACGGGAAUCUUUAUCCAGAUAUAGAGCCAUAUAGCACAGGCUUUCUCAAGGUUUCUGAUGUUCAUACAAUCUACUGGGAGCAAUCGGGAAACCCAAAUGGCUAUCCAUUUGUGUUUCUUCAUGGGGGACCUGGAGGAGGAACAUCGCCAAGUAAUCGAAGAUUCUUUGAUCCUCAAUUUUAUAGGAUCAUUUUAUUUGAUCAGCGUGGUGCAGGAAAGAGUACUCCCCAUGCUUGCUUGGAAGAGAACACUACAUGGGAUCUAAUUGAUGACAUUGAAAAGUUAAGAGAACACUUGGAAAUUCCAGAAUGGCAGGUCUUUGGUGGCUCAUGGGGAAGUACCCUUGCUCUUGCUUAUAGUGAAUCACAUCCUGACAAGGUUACUGGCUUGGUCCUAAGAGGGAUAUUCCUUUUACGGAAGAAAGAGAUUGAUUGGUUUUAUGAAGGUGGUGCUGCUGCUAUUUACCCUGAUGCUUGGGAGCCGUUUAGGGAUCUUAUUCCAGAAAAUGAGAGGGAGAGUUUUGUUACUGCUUACCACAAGAGACUGAAUUCUGAUGAUUUGGAAACACAAUAUGCAGCCGCUAGGGCAUGGACCAAAUGGGAAAUGAUGACUGCUUAUCUUCUACCAAAUGAAGAAAACAUCAAGAAAGGGGAUGAUGAUAAUUUUUCACUGGCUUUUGCAAGGAUUGAGAACCAUUACUUUGUGAAUAAAGGGUUCUUUCCUUCAGAUUCGUUCUUGUUGGACAAUGUUGACAAAAUAAGGCAUAUUAACACUACAAUUGUACAGGGAAGAUAUGAUGUUUGCUGCCCCAUGAUGUCAGCUUGGGAUCUCCACAAAGCAUUUCCAGAGGCAGAUUUUAAUGUUGUUUCAAAUGCUGGGCAUUCAGCUAACGAACCAGGAAUUUCUGCUGAACUUGUGGCUGCAAAUGAGAAGCUGAAAAACCUCGCCAAGAAGAAUGAACCUUGAAAACUAGAGCCAGCAUGAGUGCCGGACUUACAUUCCUAAGUUGCAAAGGCAUACAUGUCGAAAUGCCUCAUAAAGAGAAGUAGUUUGAGAGUCAUUUGAAGAGCGUUGAACAGAAUACUAUUUAAUAGUAAAACUUUCAGUAUAUGUGCUUCAUCUGUUGAGGUCUUUCAUUUGUGUUGGCUGUUUCCUUAAACUUUGUUUUAUAUAUUAACUAUUUUUGCUUUUAAAAAAGAAAUGUAUGACACAAGAGAGCAAUAAAUCAGAUGGAUGUAUACUCUUGAAGAUGGAAAUUGGUAUACAGAAAUUUGAUGA